UCUUCUUCUGCGCAGGACCCCUUGCCACAAGUUGACCUGGGGAACACAUUUGGAGCACUUUUUAUUGGGGUCGUCCUUUCAGCAGUUCUCUUUGGUCUGACUAACGUUCAAAUCUUCAUCUACUUCCAAACACAUAAAGACACGAGGAUGACAAAUUUCAAGUUGAUUGUUAUCUGGCUUUGGAUAACUGAUGCUCUACACCUGGCAUUGAUCACACAUUGCGUCUACUAUUAUUUAGUGACCAACUACGCGAACUUCAGUGCGCUCACAGAAAUCGUGUGGAGUUUUAAACUUCAGGUAAUAUUCGAUGUUCUCAUCGUUGAUACGGUACAAUUUUCGUAUGUCUAUCGCAUAUGGAUAGUCAGCAAGGGCCGAUCCAGAGUUCUCUGGGCUGUAAUAAUGUGCAUAGUCGUGGUCCUAUCAGCAGGUGUCUCCAUCCCUCUCAUUUUGGCGCAAUAUCGGAGCCACGUGUUCCAGGACAUAGUUGCGACCGAGUGGGCGAGUUACCUGACUUUGGGCUCGGCUACCUUCAAUGAUAUCCUUAUUGCGUCAUCGUUAUGCUAUCUCCUCGCUACUUCUCGUACUGGAUUCUCUAGUACCGAUUCUUUGGUAACAAAGCUCGUUUCUUAUACCAUUAGUACAGGCUGUCUGACGAGUGUUUGUUCAAUAAUAGCUGUAAUUACUUGCGCGGUGAUGCCGAAUAACUUCAUCUUUCUCAGUAUAGCAUUCUUAGUGACGAAAUUAUACGUGAACUCGUUCAUGGCACUUCUGAACGCAAAGUACUACCUACAGGCCAACACAGGCAGUGUGGGUUCUUCCGAAUUUCGUGUCCGCCAUGACGUUUACCGCCCCGAGCUGCGCAUUAACACGUCGCAAGACGAUAAGCCUCAAACAGAUGUGUCCGAUGAUGUAGUGUUGCAUCCCGCUCGACCCAUCCAGGCUGUCAUGUGGCCAACGACGGGGAAGAUGGAAAUGGAUUCUUUGUCAUUGGCGUGAUAGACUAGUAGUUAUUUGUGCGUUUCCUCGCGAGUAGCGCUCACAAAUAACUUAUGAGUUCGAAGUAAAUUAUCACUCCCUAUUUUUACCUACCAUAUUUAUGGACGUACUUCAAUUGGUAGCUGUGAAACAUCG